CGGAUAUGCUGCUACGUGUUCAGUCGAGGCAGGAAGUGGACAUGUCACCGUUGAUGCGUUGUUUUUUAACACACUGAAUAAACACACAUUGAUUUUGUGAAUGUACUGAUACUGCUGGAAGAGCAGUAUGUUACCGACAAGCUCCGGGCAGAUCCAUCGCAAUGGCAGCUUAAACUUAAAUGAUGCGGCGCGGCACACUGCAGGUGCCAAGCGCCACAAAUACCUGCGGAGACUACUGCAUUUCAAACUGAUGGAUUUUGAGUUCGCCAUAUGGCAGAUGUUAUACCUGUUCACCUCGCCCCAGAAAGUGUACCGUAACUUUCAUUACCGUAAACAGACUAAGGACCAGUGGGCCCGGGAUGACCCGGCUUUCCUGGUGCUGCUCAGCAUCUGGUUGUGUGUGUCGACAGUGGGCUUUGGACUGGUCCUGGAUAUGGGAUUUGUGGAGACGUUGAAGCUGUUACUUUGGGUCGUGUUCAUCGACUGCAUUGCCGUCGGACUGCUCAUUUCAACCCUUAUGUGGUUUAUUACAAAUAGAUACCUGAUGAAACAUCCCAACAAAGAUUAUGAUGUUGAGUGGGGCUACGCCUUUGACGUUCAUCUUAACGCAUUUUACCCUCUUCUGGUCAUUCUGCACUUUUUACAGCUAUUCUUCAUCAACCAUGUGGUGGUAAUAAGUGCAGACUGGUUCCUGGGUUAUUUUGUGGGGAACACCAUGUGGCUGAUUGCUAUUGGUUAUUAUAUUUACAUCACGUUUCUGGGCUAUAGUGCACUCCCCUUCUUAAAGAACACAGUUGUGCUUCUCUACCCCUUCGCUUUGCUUGGACUCCUUUAUGUUCUCUCUAUCUCACUAGGAUGGAACUUUACAAAAGGUCUCUGCUGGUUCUAUAAACACCGUGUCCAGUAGAGGACGCUAAAGUACAGGACUCAAGGGACACUGACUGCUUCAGUGCAGUGAUUUCAAAGAUAAAAGUGUGUUGACACUCUUUGGACUUGACUUUUUUUGUAUAUUCUCUGUAAAUAACAUUUUGGCUGUAAAGGCAGUAGAAAAAAAUGAUUUGUUUAUGGUGUCAUAGGUUUUCUUUCUUCAUUCCUUUAUUUGAUACUCAAACAUAAUGUGCAGUGUUUCAUGAAAAAAUAUGGGGCUGAGUGCUAUGAUGCUAUCUGUUAUGAUGAAGGCCUUUUUAUUUGUAAGAACUGGUACAAUAAAAAAUACUUUUUUAAAGAAACAGACAUUUAAUUCCGUAUCAGAUACUGUCCUCUGAAGUACUUUACUGUGAAAAGGUGAUAGUUGAAUGACAAUCCGAUGUAGAAUUUGUUGGUGUCCUUCCACGAAAUAAGCACCUACAAUUUUUCCUAAAAUCGUUUUUGGUUAUUUGUUUAUAACAUGUUUAUUAAAAAUAUAUAUUUAUUUUUAUUUAGACAACAUGUUAUAAUUAAUGAAACAAAUUAAAUUAUAAAACAGAAAAUAA